AUGAAACUAAGGCAUUGGGUUCUGACGACGUUGGCCUUCUCGCUUGGGCUUUGCCACAGCCGGCCAGGGCCAGGAGCCAGCGUCGAGGCGACACUUGAACGUCGCCAGUGGGGCAACAAACCGGCCGGUGACUACGACGAGGCGUCCCCGAGACACGUCUACCGCGGCGAGGUGCACAGGACACCGGAAAAGGUCAAGGAAGAGGGCGGCUUUUAUUCGCGAGGCCUGCAAAAGUCACUGUCGGGUGGACUCGACGCGCAUGAGCUCGAGGAGGGCAGCAGCCUCUUCCGCCAUGCGGCAGGAGAAACACCCGAGGUCACCCGCUACGUGUCGACAAGUGCCGAUCCUGCUGUGUCGCUUACAUUUGCCGUUGACGAUGACAAUCCGACUGUAAAGGGCUACAUCUACAAGAUCCACGCCGACAAAAAGAUGGUCGACGUGAACAGGUCCCUUGGAAAGUACUCACUGUAUCCCGGGCAGUAUGAGCACGCAGCACUGGGCUACAUUCCCUACGAGCAGGUUGAGGGCUGGUGGUCAGUCACAUAUGGCGAGGACUUUUCUGACCGGGAAACCGGGAUGAAGACACAGAAAGAGCUGCGCCAGGGAACGUUCAGGGGGUUUCAAAGGAACCCGACGUUUGACUCGACGAGCUUUCAGAAGCUAAGGGGGAAAGGCCCGGCGCCGCAGCUCGCUGGGUUUCCUCCACUGUCGACGGCAUGGGAGGAGGAAACGUGGCGCAACUACAGGGGUCUUCGGGUGAGCACCAGUCUCGACGACAUGCUCUUGGAGGCAUGCCGCGGCAGGGACGGGUGCGAUCUGGAAAAGAUAACUCCCAAGACACCCGCAGGUACGCCUGGGAAGGCACCGGGGGCACCAAAGGGUCCAGUCACCGGUGCCAUGGACCCAACGAAGCGAAAGAGGCUCCUGACGGGAUUCCGUGCGUACCAAAGAGCAGGCACACUCGCGGGUUUCAAAGUUGUGGCGCCGCUCAUGCGUGGCGUGCUGGAUUUGCUACGAGGGUGGGAUCACCCCGUGGGCGAGGCUGUGAGAUGGUUGGAUGACCAUAUUGACAACCUGCAAGAAGAGUAUUUCGGGCCGCGGAGGAACGAUAUCAGCGGAAACGACAACCAGGCCGCUCUGAUUAACUUUUUCAGGAAGAUAUUCUGGGCGCUACAGCUCAACAAGAAGAAGCCAGAACAGCUGAAGCUCCUGUCGUAUGGGCGGAAGAACAAGAUGCGGCUCGUGAGCGUCAACGCCAUUCUGCGUACCUGUGAUCGUGUGGACGAGCAGCCGCCGGAGGAGCCACAGCUGGGCAUGAAAUUACAGAACGCCUGCCAUAAAAUGCGCAAGGAGACGUGGGAGGUUGAGGCGCCGACAGAAGAAGAGCUCAGGAUAGGGCGCGAGGUCUGCAUAAACUGUGCGCUCAAAUGGGAGCCAGAUGUUGGCUUCUGCAGGGACAAGAACGACACGAUUAUCUGGCCACGCGAGCCGAUUCAGCAAAUGCCGUGUCACGAUGACAACCCCAACUGUGGCGGUGGGACAAACGCCACCGAGCUGCAGAUAGGACAAGCUACUUGUGAAGCCUGCGGUGAUGACUGGGAUCCGGAGGAGGGUAAAUGCUGGGAUGUUGCCGGGCUGCUCCUCUGGCCAUGGAGGAUGUGCGCUUUUCGGGGUGGGCGCGUGGAGUGCGAAUAUACGCAUAGGAUGCCAGAGUCGGUAACGGAGAUGGUGGAGAUUACGGAGGAGGAGGAGAAUGAGCGGGACGCACCCGAGACAGAGAAGCCGGCGUCCAAGAUGAUCAAAGGUUUACGGGUGGCAUACGGUGACCGACCUCGGGAUGCGGUACGCGAAAUCGCGGACAAGUCUGAUGACAUAAAUCACGGCUUUGGCGGAGAAUAUGUCUGGCUCGUCCCAGAGUACACGCUCGACCCUGACGAAGCAUGCACCGCCUUCAUGACGUCGACUCGCCAGCCAAAGGAGGGACAUCCGAGUGUGACCAAGGGAGCCGAGGGCACUGCGAUGUACAUCAGGUGCGCCAAGGCCCCAGAUGGGGAGAAAAUCCGGAGGGCAAUGCUCGUCCGGGGACUAGGUUCCGAAGAGAGAGUCAAGUUUUUCGACAACGGUACCUUUGACGGCGAAACAGCCAAUCUGAAUUGGUAUCGCGGCACCGACAAAGCUGAGUUAUUGUAUCUCGUGUGGUCGUACAGCGAGGGGCAAGCAACGGGGACGGCAUGA